CUCUGCAGGGAGAGGAGGGGCCCUCAUUCCACCUUGGGUGUGAUCUCAGCAACAUGAAGUCUCUCCUGAUGCUCCUGGCAGUGGCAGCUAUCACCAUAGGGCAAGCCCAAGCUCUCCAAUGUCACGUCUGUGAAAGUGCUGACAAUUGCAAGAAAGCAAUCCUCUGUCCCGGUUCUUCUCACUUCUGCAAAACAACCAUCAGCUUCCAGCGAUUGUCAGGGAACCUUGUGAAGAAGGAAUGUGCUGACUACUGUGCUGCACAGAAUAGUGAUGCGGGUCAGACCCAACCCCAGAUCCGGUGCUGUACAACAGACCUGUGCAAUGCUGGAAUUGAGAACUCAGCUCCCAUCCCCACGCUUCUCAGCCAUGCUGUCCUGGCCCUCAGCCUUACCCUGGCCCUGGUCUCUAUUCUCUACUGACCCAGCCUGUAACCUAUGGGAGCCUUAGCCAGGCCACAACCCACCCCCCACCCCAAGCCUGUCCUGGAAGGUUCUGAGCCUUCUCUCCACACAACUCCAGCCCAGCUCUAUGUCCCUCCCCAAUCCAUUAACUUCCUCUCCAAACUCCUAUUAGUCUCCCAGGAUAAGGGGCACAUAAGGAAGGGGGUCUCAUUACUCCCAGGGGUCCAGGAAGUCAGUUCUGCUCCUUACUUCCCUCAGAACAUAAACAUCUCAACUGUCCACUCAGAGAGUCACCCUCACUAGGCGCUCCUGCCAGAUCCGUCCAGGGACUCAGAGAUCCUGGCCCAUUAAUCAGGAUCACUUCUCAGCAGACCCUUGGAUUUCACCUGGCGGUGGGGAGAAGAAAGGGGAGGAGGGA